UGUAUAUGAUACAUGUAUUUUUCAUAGUUCAAAUUGUCCAAAACGUAAUCAUGCUGCAGUCAUAUUCCCAAUACGGCCGCCGUACGGCGAGUCGAAAUAAAAGGCAACCUUUUCAUCUUACCACGCAAAUGCAGUCGGGUACAAAACCGCUCCAAAAACGCUCGGGCGAUGUGACGAGGCCUUUACAUAUCAAAUUCAGCAUAAUCAUUCGUACGUGGUAUAGAAAUUUCAGUUUUCGAUCGUCAUUCAGUUUGCUCUUCGAGUUCUUUAUAAUUCACUUCCACUUCAUUUACAUUUGAAGUACCAAGUAAGCAUGCAUGCCGGAGAAACCAAGACAAGCCGAUCUAAUUCUGUACAGGACAAGGCGGCAGACAGCCAACGGGAUGAAAUACAAAGGGAAAACUGGAGCGGCCGGUUCGACUUCGCUGUAUCUUGCCUGGGCUAUGCCGUGGGACUCUCCAAUAUCUGGCGUUUUCCCUACCUGUGCUACAAGAAUGGAGGAGGUGCAUUUCUGGUACCUUACUGUACCCUACUCUUCUUCGUUUGCAUCCCGCUGAUCGUUCUCGAGUUCACUGUCGGUCAAUACAGCUCGAGCAACAUGGCGCGGAUGUGGAGAGCAUUACCAAUUAUGAGAGGAAUUUCCUACUGCCAGAUGUUGGCAUAUGCUGUAGGUAAUGGGUACUACAAUGUAGUGAUAGCCUAUGCCAUAUACUACUUCUUCGCUUCUUUCACGUCCAAGUUGCCAUGGGUCGGAUGCAAUCACAGCUGGAACACGCUCUUUUGCAGCGAGCUCUAUGAUGAAUGUCUCACGCAGGGAGGGAUUGUUACUGCCAAUGGAAGUUGCGCGAAUGUGACGACGCUUUCCGAUCAAGAACUUGUCGAGUACAAUGUCACGGUGGCUGCUAACGGCAGCUUUGUAGAUUUGAGCAGAUAUACGGAUCCUUUAAAGGAGUUGCGAAUACUCCCAAGCGAGGAAUACUGGACAAAUGAGCUUUUGAGAGAAUCGUCGAGCAUCGAGGAACCUGGCGGGGUCGUUUGGCAGCUCGCACUAUGCAACCUGUUUGUCUGGACAGCCAUCUUCUUCAUCAUCGCCAAAGGCAUCAAGACUUCCGGCAAGGUUGUGUACUUCACGGCGUUAUUCCCAUACGUCAUGAUGACCGCUGUGCUUAUUCGGGCCGUAACCCUGGAAGGAUACUUGGACGGGGUUAUCUAUUUCGUUAAACCCACAUGGAGCAAGAUUGCAAACCCACUGCCUUGGAAGGAUGCUGCUCAACAAGUGUUUUUCUCAUCUGGUGCUGGAGGAGGGGGGUUAGUCGCCAUGGCCUCAUUCAACAGGUUUCAUAAUAGGUUUAUUAGUGAUGCCAUGCUAAUGGCUAUAGGGAAUAGCUUGACUAGCCUGUACUGCGGUUUUGCUGUCUUUGCUAUCCUAGGGUACAUGGCAAAGCAGAUCGGUGUUCCCGUAGAAAAGGUUAUCAAAGGAGGAUUUGGUCUUGUUUUCGUCGUUUGCCCUGCUGCCCUGGCCAAGUUUCCUGCGGCACCGCUGUGGUCAGCACUAUUCUUCUUUAUGAUUUUCUUACUGGCAUUGGACAGCCAGUUUGUGUGCGUUGAAGCUAUGAUCGCCGUUAUAUUGGAUGCCUUUCCGCGGUUAAGAAAACGGCGCAUCUUGGUAUGUGCUUUCCUCUGCUUCGGGACAUGGCUCACAAGUUUCUCUUAUGUAACGCAUGCCGGAUCGUACUGGGUCUCUCUGAUGGACAGCUACGCUUCCGGCUGGGUGUCGAUGAUAGCUGGUAUUGUAGUCCCCCUCUCCUUCACCUGGAUCUACGGGUUUGAUCGGCUCAAGAAUGACAUCAGGGCAAUGCUCGGCAACGCGAUGGUCGACGGCUGGGUAUUCUAUUAUUUCAGGUUUUGCUGGAUGAUCUUUUCUCCGCUUGUACUCGUGGUCAUCCUGUUAUACAACGUAACCAAUUGGUCUUUACCCGAGUACAACGGACCAUUCCCUGCCUGGUGUCACGUGAUUGGUUGGCUGUUCAACGCAGGUACGAUAGUCUUCAUCCCAGCUGUCUGGAUUUAUGACAUUCUGCGAACAUCAGGAUCGUUUCACGAGCGUCUUCAGCAGCUUCGUAAAAUCGAUCCGAGUUGGGGUCCAUCUCGUCACGAGGAUCGCCUGCUGGCCUACCGCAUCCACGAGGAGAACGGGACCACUAUGGGAGGGGAGCUCGUGAUCCGUCACCAGAAGGAGGUGAAUGACGUUGAGUUGAAACCCUUCACCCUACCACGAGCGUAAUCACAGCAAUGAAAACCAUCAGUCUGAAGAGAUUGAUUUGCAAGAUAUUGUUUUCAGCCCUAUCCCAAUUUUUUAUCUUUUCCUUUCUCUCCCGGUCGGUUACACUUCGUAAUUCCGAAGGUUCCCGAGGUCGAGAUUGGUGGGGGAGAGGCGACCCUCCCCCCUGAAAUCAGUCUCCAUUUUUCAUCCAUAUCCCAUUUUUUUUCUCUUUUCCUUUCU